AUGUGUGUGUUUGUGUAUGAUUAUGCGUAUGUGGAGGAGCGGACGGCCAAGAACGUCGUUGGCGCCCCAUUCAAGGCCGACACCUUCCAGGGGCCUCAGUCCAGUAAGGAGGCUGGUUCCAAGGUUGAGACUGGUGGUGAGCGCCACGGCGAGGAGGGCUACUUCAUCCAGCCCACCAUCUUCUCCAAUGUCAGCGAGGACAUGAAGAUCAUGCAAGCAGAGAUCUUUGGUCCUGUCUGCGCCCUUAGCAAGUUCAAGACUGAGGAAGAAGUGAUCCGACUCGGCAACGAGACCACCUACGGCUUCGCCGCUGCCGUGCACACCACUAACCUCAGCACUGCCAUCCGCGUUGCCAACGCCCUCAAGGCCGGCACCGUCUGGGUCAAAAACGACAACAUGCUCAGCUACCAGGUGCCCUUCGGUGGCUUCAAGGAGUCUGGUAUCGGCCGUGGUGUGUGGUUGUAUGCGUGUGAGGGCCCAAGGUAUCUGGUUUCGACACCUGUAACAGCUAGAUGA